UGUUCUUGUCAAACGGUGCUGGUUGGGUGUCAUUGCUAGCUUGCUCGUGUUUUGUUGUGUGUGUAUUUUAUUGCAGAGAUGGACGAGGAAUUAAAAUGUCCAGUUUGCGGUUCUUUAUUCAGGGAUCCUAUCAUUCUACCCUGCUCUCACAACAUAUGCUUGGCUUGUGCUCGCAAUAUCAUUGUGCAGACCCCAGAAGGCGAGUCACCUCACUGCCGCGCAUCUCGGAGCUCAGAUUACGAUUACCUAGAUAUGGAUAAAAUGAGUAUGUACAGCGAAACGGACAGCGGCUAUGGAUCUUACACCCCGUGUCUCAAAUCACCCAACGGAGUGCGGGUCUUCCCCCCGGCACCGAUCCACCGUAACUGCUCCAUCACUUGCCCGCUGUGUCACCGGAGCGUCUCCUUGGAGGAGCGGGGAUUGCGAGGCUUUCCUCGGAACCGACUCUUGGAGGCGAUCAUUUCUCGUUAUCAGCAAAGCCGUUCAGAGACCGUCAAGUGUCAGCUUUGUGUCCGGAACCUUGCCGAAGCCACCAUGAAAUGCGAGCAGUGUGAUGUGUUUUACUGCGCUCCCUGUCAGCAAAGAUGCCAUCCAUCCCGCGGACCCCUCGCCAAGCACCGCCUUGUCCCACUGAGCCAAGCGGCCACAGGCGGCAGUCAACAGCAGGCGGCCCACAAAUUAGCCACCUGUACAGAACACGACCUGGAGAACUACAGCAUGUACUGUGUCAACUGCAAAACCCCGGUGUGCUACCAGUGCCUCGAGGAAGGCAAGCACGCGAUGCACGACGUGAAAGCACUGGGAGCUAUGUGGAAACAGCACAAGGGUCAACUAUCCCAAGCUUUGAAUGGUGUGUCUGAGAAAGCCAAGGAUGCUAAGGAGUUUUUGGUGCAGCUGAAAAACCUAUUGCAGCAGAUACAGGAAAAUGGCGUGGAGUUUGAAGCUUGUCUUGUUGCACAGUGUGAUGCGCUCAUUGACGCGCUGAACAGACAGAAGGCCAAGCUACUGACAAAGGUCACCAAGGAGCGUGACUAUAAGUUGAAGGUUGUAAGGGACCAGAUAACCCACUGUACAGUGAAGCUGCGACAGACAACAGGCCUGAUGGAGUUCUGUUUAGAAGUGCUCAAAGAGAACGACCCCAGUGGUUUUCUGCAGAUUUCACAUGCUUUGGUCAAGCAAGUGCAGUUGUCUCAGGAGCAGUGGGUUAAAGGUGCCCUGGAGCCCAAAGUUUGUCCAGAGUUUGACCUUUCUCUGAACAGUGAGCCAUUACUCCAGUCUAUUCACCAACUGGACUUUAUUCAGGUGAAAUAUCCCUUUACAGUUCCCCCUGCACCAGUGUUGCAGUUGGAGGAGUGCGGCACCCGCAACAACAGUGCCACACUGGCAUGGAAGAUCCUCACGUUCACCCAGUCUCCCAUCGAGGGCUACGUGCUGGAGCUUGAUGAUGGAAAUGGUGGCCAGUAUAGGGAAGUGUACGUUGGGAAAGAAAUACUGUGUACUGUUGAUGGACUGCACUUCAACAGCUCCUACAAUGCACGGGUCAAGGCGUAUAACUCCUCAGGGGCUGGUCCCUACAGCAAAACUGUCGUGCUGAAGACCUCUGAUGUGGCAUGGUUUACCUUCGACCCCAGUUCGUCUCACCGGGAUAUCGUCCUCUCCAAUGAAAAUCAAACAGUGUCCUGCAGUAGCUACGAUGACCGGGUCGUACUGGGAACUGCAGCCUUCUCUAAAGGAGUACACUACUGGGAGUUGACCAUCGAUCGCUAUGACAACCAUCCCGACCCGGCCUUCGGGGUCGCAAGGAUAAAUGUCAUAAAGGACAUGAUGCUGGGCAAAGACGAUAAGGCCUGGGCUAUGUAUGUGGACAACAAUCGCAGCUGGUUCAUGCAUAACAACUCCCACACAAACAGGGCGGAGGGAGGAAUCACGAAAGGAUCCACAGUUGGUAUCCUUUUGGAUCUAAACCAGCACACCCUGUCAUUCUACAUCAACAAGCAGCAGCAUGGGCCUGUGGCAUUCGAAAACUUGGAUGGAGUAUAUGUUCCAGCUGUAAGCCUUAACAGAAAUGUUCAGGUGACACUUCUCCCAGGCUUGGAGGUACCAAAGAAUUAUAAACUUUAAACUCCCACCACUGAACUUGUGUCCAGGGAUCGCCAUCAUGCAUUCUAUUCAAAAUCCAAGCUACAACAAACAUUGUCUUUAAUCUGGAAUAUAGCGUAGAGGAGGCCAACCAAUGGAAUAUGAUGUAAUCAAAGUGCUCCUUCAGAUAUUCAGUCUGAAGUCCAGGGUCUUGCACAUUCAAACAUAACACAUAUUCUGACAUUCAAAUCUACUGUUUUGAAGAAUAAUGUUUGUUCAUUCAGGACAUAAAUAGAAGCCUGGGGCCAGCUUCACAAAGCACUGCUAGCACUUAGCAGGCUGCUAGCUAGCAAGCAAUCUUAUUUUUACCUGUUCACCCUUUAAGAUAGAAAAAUAAAGUUUAGUAGAAAUCCAAUCUGCAAGUCUAUAUGAUUAAAGGAUAAAUGUGUAAUUUUCUUCUUUUUUAUGGAAGUGAAUUGCUACCUAGAACUACUUUGUGAUACUAGCCUCUAGGGUUUAAGGUUUUGUUUGGACAAAUUAGCUUUUAGCUGGGGAAAAAGAUUUUAGGAAAACACAAAUUCCUGCAGAUAAACACAUCAUUGAUAAUGAAUCAAUGUAUAAAAUAGAUCCACAUUGUCUGUUUACUGCAGGAUUUGGUAUAUUCCCAAAACCCCUUUUCCUAGCUAAAAGUUAAUUGAAUUGGGCCCUUUGUCCUGUUAGCUUUUUAUUUUUUUUUAUUUUUACUUUUUUGCUUAAACUCAAUCAAAAAAUCACAAAAAUACAGAGGAAUUCAGAAUUGAUCUGUGAAAUCUCCCAUCUUAAAAACAUACUGUAUUCUCGAUGCAGUUUCUAUAUUACCUGAAUUAUAUUAAAGUAUAUUUUCUGGAGUAGAUAAUUCAAACGAUGGAAUGUAAGUGUUAUGCUGCAGUAGAAUCAGGCUUAAAUCUAUUAAAGAAAAAAUUGAAGUUAGUAUACAUGCAGAAAAGUUGUAAAUAUUAAUGUUGGACUGCAGUCAAUGUAUUGCCCAAAGCAUGGAUUUAAAGGUCAUUAUUUAAACUGAGACUAGAUAUUGUAUAUAUCUAUGCAAUGCAUAUCUCCCUUAAGCAGUGUUAUUUAUAAACAUUUAGGGACUAUUUAUUGUAUUUUUAACCUUUAUUGUACAAAACCUUAAAUUGGGCAAUGUACAUUCCUAAUAUUACAUUAUAUUAGCAACUUAGCUCCCCCGUAUUUAUUUAUUGAAAAUGAAUAUUCAGGUUGGUGCUCGCAGAUGUAAGCACUACAUUCAUCUAAGAGUAAAAAUAAAAUAAAGUUUGUUUAAAAAAUAAUUACCAUACAAAUCAAAAAAUCUCAGACUAGAUUUCUGAGGUAAAAUAGCAUUCAAAGUAAACUAUGCUUGGAAAUGAAUGUAUACUAAAAUCUUUGGAGUACCAGAGAAUAUUAUCUAGCAUUCCUAUGCCUGUAACAUGUAUUAGUAAAGACCAGAAGAUUGGUCACAUUGGCCAGUGUGCAGUCAUCAUAAUUAAAACUGCUGGACAGCUCGUGCUUAAGAUAGGUCACUUUAGAUGUUGCAGCACAAAACAGUGAUGAACGGCUAGUGGGCAACCAAGUGCAAAAUGUGCUAACUUACAACAUUUAUUAACUGCAGAAUGGCUAAUGCCACUGGCAUUUGUGUACAGUAUAUACAACAGUGAACAUGGACUAGGGGAAAUAACAUUUCGCCAUGUUUUCUACCAGCUGUAGUUAUGAGCCUACAACAUUUGACACCCAGUGAAUUAAUCCAGUAUAGGAGAUUAGAGAACUUGUAUGUCAUGAAUUACUUACAGUCAUCAGAAAUUAUAAAUAUUUCAAAUUCUGAAUUUGCUCUGAGCCUUUCCAGUCAUUAAGUGUGAUACAUUAGGCAACACUAUGAGAAUUCCAAAGCAUUGCCUAACUACAAUAGAGCUGAACACUGUGAUUUAGAUUGUAGGUCUCCUUGUGAUUUAAGGGGCUUCUUUUCUUAUCAUUACUGUUUCAUUGAACAGUAUGCAUAAUGAUAUGCCUUUUGGAAAAAAUAAUUAAAAAAAUAUGUUAAAAACAAACAAAAAAAAUCCUCUAAAAUUACAACUCACACAUUGCUACCCAUAAUCAUUCUUGCAAUAGUGUGCCCAUUCACAUUAUCUAAUAACGUAUGUUGUGUGUAGUAAGUUUAACUUACGAUCACUGAAAGAGUAGUUUUAGUUUUAAGAUAGUCAGCUGAGCUAAAGCAACAAUCAGUGAGAGACUGUGCCCUACACCCCUUUCUUUACCAUAUUAAUUGCAAUGAUGGGUUCAGCUGUGUAAUUGCAGAACUAUUGUUAAAGGCUGUUUCUAGGUCAGUAGAGUUGUGUACCUGAUGGCAUAUCUGGGUUGUCACUGUUUUUUGUUUUUUUUUGUUAAUGUCAUCUGCUAAUGUUGGUUAAUUGAUCACUAAUUAUUGGCAUAAACAAGGUACUGGUAUAUAAGUGGAAGUGCAAUUAGGUAGAAUUGUAUUAUUUUUUAAAGAAUCGAAAUUUUUAAAUAGAAUUGUAAAAUGAACUGUGUAGAACAGUCCGUCGAGUAUCCAACUACAGUGGGACCAGAGUAAGGGCAGAUAUGUAAAAAGUCGGAUAAAUUAAUCCUGUUUUAAAUACCAUUAUACACAGCUGUAACAAUUACUAUAUUCACAUAAUUAUUGUUUUGAGAUCCAGCUUUUAUAAGGGAGCUCCCCUAAAUCCUGUGUUUAGAAAGAUACAGGGUAUUAAUGCUUGUGACAGGGUAGCCGUCUGCCGUGUGGGUGCGUGCAUUCACUGCUGAGUGACAGGCAGGCGAUCGAGACGGAGGUUGAAUUUGAUACGCCCCUCAGGCGAACAGGAUUUAUUUACAUAUCAACACACUGAACAGCUCACGUGACACUACCAGCCAUGGUAGCGCACAGAGUACAUACAACACAGUGUACGAAAACUUUGGUGGGAUCUACGAUCUCUGAAGCAAUCUUCUCUGUUCAGUAAUAAACAAACUCCGGCUACUCGCCUGGCUGUCGUGGAUUUCGACUUGCUUACUCACUCUUCAGUAUCCAACCCUGGCUCUUGUUCUCUCUCUCUCUCUCUCUCUCUCUCUCUCUCUCUCUCUCUCUCUCUCUCUCUCUCUCUCAUUCCCUCACUCACACACACAGGUUAGGGCGGAUACACGACAGAUUUCUGCAUUCUAUGAGUCACCUCUGGAGCUGCUAACACUGUGUUCCACAUGUGAUAUUUCUGGUUUACGUGAACAGUUUUUCCUGUAUUUCAGAAGGGAAAUGAAUGGCAGCCCCACAACACAAUUGGCAAUUUACAAUGAUUUCAAAUUUGGUUUUAACAUGUUUUUUGUUCUAGGUGUAAACCAAAUACACCAAAUAUCCCAAUUUAGAAGACCUUUAUUGAUUAAUAUUAUUUGUUAUUAUUUGUUUAUUUAGCAGACACCUUUAUCCAAGGCGACUUACAGAGACUAGGGUGUGUGAACUAUGCAUCAGCUGCAGAGUCACUUACAAUUACGUCUCACCCGAAAGAGCAC